AUGGAGUUAUGUUACCAUGAGACAUCCCGACCCCAGGAGGCUCCGACCCUGCUGAGGGAGCUCUCUGCCACACGCAGCUGUGGCUUGAAGCACAUGCCAAGGCUGGAGCCUCUGGUGCUGGAGCAGUUCCUGAGCAUCCUGCCUUGCAAGCUCCAGGCUUGGGUGCAGCUCCUCCCCUCCCCUCGCCGCCCCGCCCUCAAAGGGCAAGUUCCAGUCCUUGUCCAGUUCCUGAAUAAUCAGCAGGAAAAAGCAGCUGCUGGACAAAGGUCAAGCACUACCUUUUCCACCUCUGAUGAGUCACUCAACAAUUCAAAAGUCCCCAGAAUCCCCUCAUUCAGCCAACAGUAUUUAGCAUCCAGGAUCCUACACAAGCAGAUGCUAGGCAAGAACAGCAAUUGGUUGUUGUCACAGUCUUCUGUUCCUGAAGCUUCAACCCUUUCCCAGGAAGAGAGCCCAAGAAAUCAGUUGUUGGCAUUCUCAUUCCUUCUGUUGUCAUUUCAGGAGUUGGUCAUGUAAGAGGUAUUUGUGUGCCUCACUUCAAAGGAAUGGGCACAUCUGAGAAUAGCCAUCACAGUGUGUCUAGGCCCAAUUCAGAGGGCUUUGUACUGGGAUGUGAUGCUGGAGAAUUAUGGGAAUGUGACCUCUUUAGAGAAGAAGAGCAUUAAGGAGAAUGAGGAGGUGACAUCAAAAUUAAGUGUUUUCCAAAGAGCAGACUAUCAAAAAGGAACAUCAAGACAAUUUCAAGGACGUAUUUCUCAGGCCCUUGCUUUUGAAGAAGAGUGUCAAGUUUUGUCAAGUCAGUUGGGAAAUGAAAGGGAAAAAGUAAAUAUAGUGAAGAAAGUUUCCCUUGGUGAACAAGAGAAGAAGAAAAGGACUCCACCAGAAAAAUGAGGCCAGAAGUGGGGGAACUGUGAAGAAAAAUUGACCUUAGACUCAGGUACUUGUAAAAAUUUAAUAGGUGUUAAAGAAAAAAAGCUUUACAAAUAUAACAUAUGUUGUAAACUUUUUUAAUAGAAUCUCCCAUCUAUGAACCAUCAGAGAAUCUACACUGGUGAGAAACCAUGUGGAAAGGGCUCUUUUCAGCACUCAAACCUUCUAAUGCUUAGGAGCCAUUCUGUGGAGUGACCUUUCAAAUGCAGUGAAUGUGGGAAACCUUUCUCCCAAAGUGCUUGUCUUCUAAACCCGAGAAUCCACACUGGGGAGAAACCUUAUAAAGAAUUUGGAAAGGGCUCUGAGCACUCAGGCCUUAUACAUUGAUGACAGCAUUCGGAGGAGAGAUCAUAUAAUGUAAUGUCUGUACAGUAUAACAUAAUGAAUGUUUUCUCAGAAUGCUUACCUUAUUGACACAAAGGGUAAGAACCUUAUAAAAGCAACACGUCUUGCAAAGCUUUCAUUCUGAAAAAGAACCUUAUCCUGCACCAGAGAAUCCACUCUGGGGAAGGAGGCCUCAAUACCUAUAAAUGUGUUGAAUGUGGGAAAACGUUUGCUCAGAUCACCUACCUUGUUGACCACCAGGGACUUUACAGUGCAGACCCUUACAAGUGUAAGGAAUGUGGAAAAGUUUUCAUUCUAAGUAAAAGCCUCCUCUUAUACAGGUGAGUCCAAACAGAAGAGAACUUUGGUUGUAAAAAGAUGACUUUUAGUUCCAAGUCAAACCUCUCUGACCAUAAAAGGAUGCACAGCAGAGAGAAGCCUCACAAAUGAUCCGAGUGUGGAAGCUUUAGCCAGAGUGCUUAUCUGUGUGACUCUCAGAGACUCCACGAUGGAGAAAAGCCCUGUGAACUUGGGACAGUUUUUAUUCUGAAGAAGAGCCUCAUUUUGCAUCGAAGCUUCCACACGGGAGAGACUCUCCAUGAGCGCAAAGACUGUGGAGUCAACAGGAACCUUUUUGACCAUGAGAGACUCUGUAACGGGGAGAGGCCGUAUAAAUGUGGAGAGUGUGGGAAAGCCUUUAUUAUGACCAAAGGUUUCAUGGUCCAUCAGAAGAAGCUCCAUACCCAGGAGAAAGCAUUCAAGGGUGAGGACUGUGGGGAGGUGCUUAGUUAUCAUUCAAGCCUGCUUGUCUGUAGAAUCCACACGGGAGAAAAGCCCUUUGAACGUAGUCCUUUGGAACGUGAGCGUGGGAGAGCUUUCAGUUCAAACGGGAACCUCGUUGAGCACAAAGUAAUCCAGAGCGGUAAGAAACCCUAUGAAUGCAAUGAGUGUGGGACGGGCAUCAUUCUGGGGGAAAGCCGCAUUGGGAGUCACAGGGUUCAUACAAGGAGAAAUUUUAAGUGAACUGACUGUGAGGAAGUCUUCCGUUACCACUCAAACUUGAUAGCGCACCAGAGGAUAGCGCACCAGAUAAUCCACGGGGGUGAAAAGCCCUAUGAGUGUACCAAAUGUGGAAAGGCUUUACCUGUUGCCUGUGCUUGGACUGCUCUCCGCCCGACCCUACCUGCCGCUGGGGGUUGGGGAUUAGUUGGUCAAUGA